UAUAUCUGUUUACUGGAAUUAUUACAAUCGCAGGCAAAUGUUUAUCAGAAGCCUUUAUUAUUGCGUUUCAGAUUAUUUUUCGUUUAUGUUAUGAAUCGAACAUCUCUCAAUUUACACAGACUAAAGGUUUAUUAAUUCGAUCUCGAUCGAAUAAAAAGUGAAAAUUGAUAUCGAUUAUAUAAAUUAUUGAAGAAUUUAAUAUGUCCAUAAUAUUAUUAUUGGCUGUUAUCAUCUGUAUUAUCUCACUGUGGAUAAGUUGGAGGAAAAGACAAAUGAGUAUAUUCCAGAGAUAUGGAAUUCCAGGACCUAAACCCAAUUUCAUAACGGGAAAUUUAAUGGAAUAUAACGAAAAGAGAAACAAGUGCUUCGAUGAAUGGAUAGAAAAAUAUGGAAAUGUUGUUGGUUUCUUCUUGGGAGGCAAACCUUGGGUUGUCUGUCGUGAUUUGGAAUUAAUAAAACUUAUACAAAUAAAAGACUUCAAAUAUUUUAGGAAUAGAGAUUUGGUACUUCCAGAUGGAGGAAUUCCACAUAAUCUUAUGUUCAAAUCACUUACGUUUCAACAUGACGAAGAUUGGAAAAUUAGCAGAAGUAUAUUGAGCACAAGUUUCAGUGCCGCUAAACUGAAGAUGAUGAGCACUGUUAUGUUUGAGCCUAUAAAUGUAUUUUUGGGGAAAAUCGGCAAACAGAAACAAUCACCAUUUGAUAUUGCUGAAUUUUAUAAAAAGUUAACCUUCGAUAUAAUUUGUAAAACAGCCUUUGGAAUUCAGACAAAUGUGCAGAACGAAGAGACAAGUACAUUUGUUCAAUCCAUCUAUGGUAUACUGGAAGUUGAUUCGACCGAUUUAUUGACUUCAUUAUCAAUGUGUUUUCCUGAAAUGGAGCCGGUUCCUACAUACAUGAGAAUGAUUUUAGAUAGAAUCAAAUAUGUAAUUAAUUAUCCAUCUAGUAGGUUGGCAGUUGAUAUGUGCCGACAAAUAGUCUUUUCAAGAAAAACAUCUGGUUAUCAUCCACCAGAUCUCUUGCAAAUCAUGAUUGAUGCCGAAGGUGAAACGGGUGGUGUUGUAAAGAAGCUUUCAACAGACAGUAUUGUCGCGAAUGCUGUUUUAUUUAUGGUAGCUGGGUAUGACACUACGAGUACUAUGUUAGCUUGGUGCACCCAUUAUUUGGUUAAAUAUCCUGAAAAACAAGAAAAAAUUCGUCAGGAGAUCAACGAAAACAUAGAAAAUAAUAAACAAAUUGAAUAUGCAGAUUUAUCAAAAUUGAAGUAUUUGGAUCAAGUAAUAUCAGAAACGUUACGUCUUCGUUCUAUUUCGGCAAUUACAUUCAAUAGAAUAUGUUCGGAAGAUUUCCAUUAUAAGAAUAUAACUAUUCCAAAAGGAGUUGUUGUUACGAUCCCAGCACCGAGCAUGCAUAAAGACGUCAAUUAUUGGAAAGAUCCAGAAAAUUUCAACCCUGACAGAUUUUCAUCUAAAACGGCAGGACAAAUAGAUCAAACGAUAUAUCACACCAGAUCUCUUAUGAUACUUCCAGAUGCAGGAAUUCCUCAUCAUCUUAUCUGUAAAGCGGUUUCACUUCAAUUAGAUGACAAAUGGAAAAGUUCCAGAAGUAUAUUGAGCAAAGGUUUCAGUUCCGCUAAACUUAGAAUGAUAAGCACUCUUAUGUCUAAACCAAUAAACAUAUUUCUGGAGAACGUCGGAAAACAGCUGAAAACAUUUGAUGUCGAUCAAUUUUACAAAAAAUUAACUUUUGAUAUAACUUGUAGAACAGCUUUUGGAAUUCAGACCAAUGUACAAAAUGAGGAGACGAAUAAAUUUGUUCAAUCUGUACACAAAUUACUUGAAGCCGAUAUUGUCGAUUUGUCAUCUAUAUUAUCAAUUUACUUUCCUGAAUUCGAACCGAUUCCCAUGUACUUUAGAAGAAUUGUGGAUGCUGUCAAAUAUAUGAUUAAUUAUCCUUCUGCUAAAAUGAUUUUUGAUACAUGCCGACAAAUGGUCUUUUCUCGAAAGAUAUCCGACUAUCAUCCACCAGAUUUUUUGCAAAUCAUGAUUGAUGCUGAAGACGAAGAAAAUAAUUUCAUGAAGAAGCUCUCAAUUAACAAUAUUAUUGCAAAUGCUGUUUUAUUUAUGGCAGCUGGAUAUGAUACUACAAGUACUACGUUAUCAUGGUGCACCUAUUAUCUAUGCAAAUAUCCUGAAAUACAAGAAGCGGUUCGUCUGGAGAUUAGUAAAAAUGUUGAAAAUAAUCAUGAGAUUGAAUAUACAGAUCUAUCGGAAUUAAAGUACUUAGAUCAAGUGAUAUCAGAAACAUUACGUUUUUAUCCUCAUUCAGACACGUCACUAACUAGAAUAUGUUCUGAAGACUUUCAAUACAAGAAUACGACUAUUCCAAAAGGAGUUACAAUUGUGAUUCCAGUACGUAACUUGCAUAAAGACAGCAAUUAUUGGAAUGAACCUGAAAAGUUUGACCCUGAUAGAUUUUCAUCUAAGAAUGCAGGACUCAUAGAUCCAUCAAUAUAUCAACCUUUUGGGAUAGGUCCAAGAAAUUGCAUUGGAAUGAGAACAGCUGAAAUAGUUAUGAAAUUAAUUUUGGCAAAUCUUAUAAGACGCUACAAGUUAGAACUUCACGAAAAUUCGGAGAUUCAAGAAGAUUUUUCGAUCUUUAUAUUACGACCAAAAAAUGGCAUUAUGGUAAAGGCAACUGCAAUAGCUUUGUGA